AUGUAUGAUAUGGAUAAAGGCGUAUCAGUGUUAGAUAGAAAUCAAACCAAGAAAGUAGCCCAAUUUCGUCAACAAGCUAUUGACAUUAUGAAGCCUACUUUAAAGCGUUUACUCUAUCAAUCAGAAACUUUCAGACGCUUAAAGAAGAUGUUCCAAUUACCGAUAGUCAUCCCUAGAGAAUUAAGAACAUUGCAACCAACCCCGUUUUCCAGCCAUGAUGGUCCACCAUAUGGUAGGAUGUAUUCCAGUAGAUGUAUGUGGAGAAUCCUGGGAAGCUAUCCCAAAAAUAUUUCGCAAUGUAACAUGGAAGGUGAUUGUAUGGGCUUUAUGACGCAACUAAAUAGCAGUGGAUAUAUCUUGACACAUCAAGUGAUAGCUUUAUAUCUUGCUCAAUUGGCCAAAUGCGACGAGCAGCUUAGAUUGUUAGCGAAGCCCUACGGUGAAAUAGAAUCCUUAAAAAAUGCUUUAUGCUCAAAAAUUUACACCGAAUUGAUUGGUGAACUGAAGAAAGGACUAAAGAGUAUUACGUCACAAGAUUUAUUUCUCGAGCAAAUUAUUGUAUGUGGAGGUUAUUUUGGAUAUAAAGAAUUUAUUGAUGAUAGUUUUAUCCGUAUGAUACUCCACUGGCAACGACGAAAUGGCUGUUUUGCCUACUAUCAGGGUCCAUAUAUUCAUCCUAUGAAUAAUAGCCAUAACAACAAUCAAAACGGAAGCGGUUCGGCUAAGUACAGAAAACUCAAUACCAGAACAGAAAUCAUUUUACCAGACGGUUGCUUUCAGCAUACAUCAUCCCUUGCUAUCGGAACAAUUGCAAUUCAUCUCAAAUGGCUAGGCUUAAUAAGACAUCCAACAGCAUUUCUUCAAGCAACGGCAAUUAACGUUAACGAUUCAGAGCUUGUGGCAACUAACAUGAAUCAAACGUAUUCAACACAGUCUACUACAUCUUUAGCAAAGAUUGUUAUCCCGUUAGGUCUCACUACUAUUUUUACUGUUAUUGGAGUACUGUUGAUAAUAAUAAAGUCCAGACUCGGUCGGAAAUACAGCUAUUCGAGAAUCCCAGAUGAAGACUGA